AUGCCAGUUGCUAUUCAAAACAAUUUAGAGAGCAUUAUGAAACGAUUCUUAUGGAAAGGAGAUGCUUCGAAUAGAGCAUUUUGUAAGGUCUCCUGGAAUUCGAUUUGCAACGAUUACAAAAAUGGGGGUUUAGGCAUCUUUAAGUUGCGGACGCGUAAUCAAAGUUUACUCUUCAAAUGGGUUUUGAAAGUGCGUUUAAAUAGCCCGGAUUCGCUUUGGAGUAGUGUUGUUUUUACUAGCUCUCAGAUAAAAGAUUGGAAUUCACUUACUUCUUUGAGUCCUCCAAACCAUUCUUUUAUUUGGAAAGGUAUUCGUUCUAUUUGCUGCCUAGACAUUCAAGACUUAUUCCCCAGAAUAUUCAAUCUCUCGAGGAGGAAAGACGCUUGUUUCUCUGACUUUAUUCGACUGCCUUUUAUUUGGAGGCGAAGGCUCAGAUUGAAUGAAAAAGAUGACUUUGACUCUUUGCUUUCUUAUCUGAAUAUGGUGGUCCUGUCUUCUUUGCCAGAUGGGAUCAGGUGGUUAAAGGAAAAUGGAGUGUUCUCAGCGGCAAGCUACUGCCAUCUCUCCCGCAAGGUUUUGAACUCAGAUCACAGAUUUCAACCGCUGGAAACGGCUUCGAAUAAUACGCUGCUAGAUGUCAGUUCAGUUUAUGGGAAUGUAAGAUCAGCUCCUUUUUCUGUUCUCUUGACAUCUAUUUCUCCGCCAAGAAUUUUGUUCAUCGUGUGGUUGGGGUUUCAUGACAGGGUUUCUUCUUUACUGCUGUUGAAUAGCAUAAAUAUUAUCGCUGCAAAUCAAGUUCUAUGCUCUCUUUCUCUUAUUCCUGAAUCACAAGAUCACAUUUUACUUCAUUGUUCCUUUGCCACAUCGGUAUGGAAUAAAAUUUUGCGCAUGUUGGGUAUUUCCUUUGUUAUGCCGAAGUCAUUAGUGUGUUUCUUCAAUCUUUGGCGUUCUUUUGGCAAGUUCGGGUAUUCUAAGAAGCGCUGGCAAUGUUUUUGGGAAGUCACUAUAUGGGAAAUUUGGAAAUUUAGGAAUCGGCGGAUUUAUGAAAACAAGUGUUCGGAGGUCGACGACAUUGUUUUCCAUAGCUUCUUGUUAACAGGGUUUUAUAUUAAAUGUAAAAUGCCAGGCUUUUCUUACUCGGGAUUAGAUUUGUGUAGAAAUCCCGAUUUGAGGGCUGUUUCUAGGUUUUUCCAACUAAGUUGUAUCAACUAUGCUGAACUUGUUUAA